AUGUCCACCAUAUACAUAUGCCAUGCCUAUGCCAUGCCUAUUUGCAAUGGACUAGCCAGGAAGCUGUUCAAAUUCAGCUGGCAGCAUGAUAGACGCCUUCUCGGUCCAAGAUUGUCUAUCCAGGCGUGUAUUGCGAGGAUUGCAGAAGCUCGAAUGAAGUCGUAUCAGAAAUAUCGAUUACAGCAAUUGCCUAACUUCGAAAAGAUAUCAAUUAAAUUCAAGAAUAAACUGGGCAAUACCGGAUUCUCCAAGAAUUUUCUAGCAAGUUCGGACAGCGAGUUGCAGCGAAUAACAACGAAGAUUAAUGGCCCAGAAGCAGUUGGCUGGCACCGAGAACAUCGUCCUAACGAAGGUCAAAGUACCACCGGCCAAGGUCAAGUCCACCUCACCUCACCUCCUGAGUCCGGCCUGAACACGCCCCCAGCACUGCGGAAGCCAUUCACACCACACCUCCUGGGGGGCUUUAAGCUCGCUGCCCAAUUGUCGGCCGCCGGGUCCACUAUCACGCCCUCAACCAUUCUCGUGGGCACGUUUCCAUGCAUCGGUAGCCCAGCAUCUGAGGGUUUAGGCGCUGUUUUGUCCUUUUCUCACCACCGCUGGCUCUCGCAGAAUCGCGCUCGCCAAGCGCAUUGUUUCUCACCAAGCCCAUCCCUUCCGUGGUCCCCGGUCCGUUGGUCCAAGCCUGUAUUAGCUUUUGUUACGAGCUUAGAACGAGGCCAGGCAUGUUUGAUCCAAGCACGCGUUGGGGACAGGAGUCGGUGCCUUCAAAAGCUGCUGGCUGGGAGAAAGCCUAUCAGUUUUAAGCUGGGAAGUCACCCUGUACGGCAUCAGCUUUUGGCCUUCAUCGUGGCUGCGCUCGGAAUCCGCACUUUUCCCCAAACGCACCUCGACUACACAAGGGCUACAGCUGUACAAGCCCGUGACUAUACCUUUAACGGAUUCUACCAAAACCAGAGUCAGUUGCCCUCCCUCUCUUAUCUUCGACCGUCUGAGAGCCGGAGCAUUCAAGAGGGAGGGAAGGAUCGUCCAUGUUCCGCUCCACGCAAUCUAUCCCUCGGUGGAGUGCAGGAGCUUAUGUCGAAACGGCCACAUGCAUCAGAUUUUCUGUCCGGCAGCCCGUCUCGCCGCGUACGCAAAACUGUCGCGACAACCGAAUUAUCCCCCCGGAGCCGGAAUGAUGGGACUGUUGAACCCCUAGAGCCACAACAAACUAGGGACAGCGGCCCUGCUCCAUUGACGGGGAGGACGGGCUCCCCAGAUCCGACAUGGCGAACGGCGACAACCCGCUCCAUAGGGAUGCAUGCUAUUCUUAAUCCUUCUCACACCUUAGCUACGGGACCCUCCGCCCACCAGAUGAAUCGCGAUAUUCCAGAACCCACCCCAUCGACAUCCCCCUCCCCAUCGACCAACCCACACGCCACACCAACCUCAGCGGGAUUAACCCCCCAAUCAGACCGUUCAGUAUCACAACAUGACCGUACGAUGUAUUCCCCUCUACCACAACGUCAUAUCCUUACGGCAAGGUCGCCUGGAGUACAUGCUCCAAGCAUUGGGCCCAGCUAUGGCCCCGCCCGUGGAACUAUGACUGUGGAGCACAAUCCGUUUCUCCCUCCGCAACAACCAUAUGGAGAUACCGCCAUGCGACCAACAAUGGAAGCCCCGCCCUCAAUGCGAUAUUCUCUAUCUCAUCCAUCCGUUCCUUCGGCCACACUCCCUAUCGAUCCGCGCCCGAUAACUGGACGACAAGGAUCUGGGCCUCAAAUUACAGCUCCAGGUACAACCCACUCAGCGUACAGUCCGUUAAUCCAAGGUUCGCAUGUCCCAGCGUCAACCAAUUUGCUUCAACAGCCAGUUCCCUCUCUAUCUCAGCCUACAGGGGCCUCAUUUAUUGGAGACGAUAAUCGGAGUAGAACGCCACAGGACGGCGGAUCUAGUUAUACGUUUGUGGGCGGACAAAGCAAGUUUGCUUCACCCAGGGAUAUUCAGUCACGACUGAGCGUCCCGGUUGAUUUUGAUUCUGGGUCACGAAAGGCAGCUGAGAAACGACUGAAGAAUAGUGAUGCAUCCAAGCGGUUCAGGGAGAGGAAAAAAGUAAACGAGAAGGAAAUGAAACAGGAAGUGGAAAGACAAAAGGACGACAUUAAAUUGUUGACAGAAGAGAGAAACUUCUACCGCGCCGAGCGGGACUUUUUCAGAACACUUUACGACAGAGAGGUUGGUUUGCAUCGUAUACCACCGCGACCUACAUCUCCUCGGCUUCGCCAGUCAUCUGCCCCUGUUUCUGAAUCGGAAACUGAACAGCAGUUCCAUGACCGCCGUGAAGGACUAGGUAGUGAGGGACAUGUGCGCCAGCGGACGAGUUCUGCUCCAACCAGACUGCCUUUGCCCCCCAUGUCACCGGCUCAACCGAACCCAUACCCUACCUCUUGGAGCACUUCGACUUCAGCGACGCCCGUCUCUCAACCGGCGCGGUCCGGUCCACCCUAUAACUAUCCUACGUCAUGUGUUCCUCCCGAGACUUCCUUGCCUCCUAUACAAUCCCCCGGAGAACCGCAAGAUAGGAGCUGGAAUUCUGGCACUUAG